CAGGUGGCGCAAGGCGGCUGGUGGAGUAUUAUCUGCGGCGUGACAGACAGGCGCACCGAUGGCUGCGGCACGCCUGGUGCUGAAUAUCUCGCGAAGACGCGCUGGGCAAACGGCACAGCUGAUCACGUCAUCCCAUCACGCGCCACUACGCGUUCAGACGUGUUUUAAUCUGGCGACAUGAGCAGUGCCGAGGCGUCACGACCACGAGCUGGUCAAGACACUGCACGCCGUUUUAGACCGUUUUUGCCUCGCUCUCUUCGCCUUAUGUCUGACGACUUCGACUUCGGCAACGCGGCCCCUCGCGGCGACGACUCCUGAUGUUUCGUACCCUGUGGAAACUCUGUAGAUCGGCAGCGGCAUGUCAGUCCAUGCCGUUGCUUACGCCAGCACAGGCGGAUAGAACAAUGUCGACGCGACCGCGACGCGGCGCGGAUAUGGCAUUCCGUCAACCCAGGAAAGACGAGAUGCCGCGCUCUGUUAAACAUGAGCGGAGGAUGAAGCGAACUCCGUUCUCGUCAGCUUAUGAAGUGUUUCCACUUUUGUGCUGUGCUUCCGUACUUGGCCCUAAGCCGGGGUCGCGUAAAAGACUGACUUGCAGGACUCCAAUGAACACGUCCAGAUCUGCGUACGCCGGGCAGCGCCGGUUGAUGUCCCGCCAUAACCUUGUUACCCUGCAGCGAUCUGUCCUGGUGCUGGUCCUUACCAUUGAGCUGGCCCAGGGUGUCGGAACGCUCCGGCGUCGCGUCGCUCACGUACCUCUCAUGUACCUCAAGUCACGUCCGUGUCCCGAUUCCAACUCCUUAGGGCGAGCGAGGAGGGGGAGGGAGGGAUGAGGAGAACCAAGCUGCGUCGGGGAGCGUGCGCGGUAAUGAGGUGCGAGUUACACCGCGCCAUCUCAUCAUUCGCGCCAUCUGUGCGGGGCGCUCGCCAUCAAUCGACCAUACGAGCCACUGACGCACCAAC